AAUCCAACAGAAAUAAGAUAGAUUUCACAGGUUAGAAUUUCAACGUCAUGCUCUCUAUGUUAUGUUAUUUUGUGUUGUUUUGGUUUAAGGUAGUUUCACAUAGAAAUAUUUGAAUUAUUAAACGUAGAGAAUAUGUGAUUUUUUUUUUUUCGUUUAUUAUAGUUUAGUUUUUAUUUUAUAUUUUAUUAAUUUUUGUGUUUAAAAAAAACAAACAAUGAAUCCUUGUAUUAUACCAACUGCAUCCGAAGACACUGUAGGAGAUGGGAGGUGGAUAUCUAUGCACAACAGAUUUGUACAACAAGCAAAGACCAGCGAACCAGAGGUGGUCUUUAUUGGUGACAGUAUCAUUCAGCAAUUACAGUUCAGCACUCUAUGGACUGAGAGAAUCAGUGCCUUACACUGUAUAAACUUUGGUAUUGGAGGUGAUAGGGUAGAAAACGUGUUAUGGAGAAUAGAAAAUGGAGAAUUUGAUUUUAACACUCCUAUAAAAGCAGUAGUUCUGUUUGUGGGAACAAAUAACACUGAUUGUACACCUCACGAAAUUUUUGAAGGGAUUUUGGAAAUAAUCAAGGCAAUUAAGAAUCGUUUGGGCAAAGUUUACAUUGUUAUACCUACUAUUUUACCUAGGGGUCAGUUCCCCAAUCCGUACAGAGAAAGAAACGAUCACGUGAACACGUUUUUGAUCGAUAAAUUCUCGAAUGAAGCUAACAAAGAUGAGCUCACAGAAAAUGUGUACGUGGUACCAAUUCACGAGAACAUUGUAGGGAACGACCAAACCAUAUCACAUCACAUCAUGCAUGAUUAUUUACAUUUAACCAACAACGGAUAUACAAAAAUAUUUGGGAAAGUAUACGACAAGUUGUGUGAAUUGUUAAAAUCUAAAUAAAAAAUAUUCUAUUUUUAUUAAACUUACAGGAUAUGAUUUUAUUUAUUUAAUUUAAUUUUGACUUCUUUAGGUUUUAGUUUUUUUUUGUGUGUAUAAAUUUUUGCCAAUGGAUAUUAAACAUAAUACAUAAUUAUUUGUAAGAUUA